AUGCAGACCAUUUCGUGCUUGCUAGCAGCCGCUGCUGUCAUUUCGGGCGCAGCUGCGCAGACUCACCAGCGUCUGGGCGGUUGUCCGGACCUGGGAUGCGUCUUCCCUCCUGACCAGGCUGACUUCCUUGCUGGUCAAUUCUUCGACAUCCGUCUCGAGGUUCACUCGCCUAUCAAUGGAACCGAGGCUCGUGCCGGAGAACCUGACCCUAACUUCACCUUCACAAUCACCAAGAAGGGCGGCAAAUCGGUGCCGGUCGCCAACUUCUUCAAAAUUGAUGAACCUGUGUUGGAGCGAUGGAACUUCACUUGGUAUGAGGACCGUUUUGCGGAGGACGCUCACUCGCCUUCUCUGGUCAAUGUCACUUCCAAGAUCUAUCGACGUGUGGCGCUUUACGAGCCUGGCGAGUAUGAGGCCACCUUGAACUACUAUGGAACUCAGAAGACCGUUGCCAAUUGGCUUGUGCGGAAGAUGCCUCACAAGCGUCGCGCAAAGAAUGUCAUUCUCUUCAUUGGUGACGGUAUGACUACAAAUAUGAUCACGGCUGCACGUCUGAUCGCGCAUAAGAGUAUCAACGGCAAAUACAUGUCCAAGAUGGCGUUGGAUAAGUUCCCUAUCCUUGGCCAUCAAAUGACACACAGUAUGGACUCUUUCAUCACUGAUUCUGCCAACUCGGCAACUGCCCUCUACACCGGACACAAGACGACCGUGAAUGCUCUGGGCGUCUACGUGGACUCUUCCAAGAACCCCUUCGACGACCCCAAGUUUGAGACUAUUGUCGAGAUUUUCAAACGUCAGCACCCCCAUGCUGGAAUUGGUAUCAUCUCCACAGCCUUCCUAGCUGACGCCACCCCUGCUGCCUUGGCUGCUCACACGAGCAAGCGUGGCGAGUACGAUCAUGUCAUUAGUACCUUCUACGAGGGAGUGACCAACUACACCUGGACUCAAUGGGGUGGCCCCGAUGUGCUCUUGGGUGCAGGUGCCGAGAACUUCCUCAAGUCAGAGGAGGCCAAGCGAGAGUACUAUGAUCUCUUUGAGAAUAACGACUACAAUCUUGCUCUCAACAAGACCGCCCUGCAGCAGGCACCCGAUGAUCAGAAGCUCCUUGGUGUGUUCUGCAAGUCCAACCUUCCUACCUGGCUGGACCGCAAUGUCUAUACCUCCAACCUCUUGAACAAAACCAAUGCCCCCGACGGCUCUGCCCGCGAUGCCGAGGAUCUGCCCGGGUUGAAGGAGAUGACCUUGAAGGCCAUUGAUGUUCUGCACAAGCGCAAUGGCAAGGAUGGCUGGUUCAUCAUGUCUGAAGCCGCCAGCAUCGACAAGCAGAUGCAUGCGAUGGACUACGACCGAGCUCUGGGCGAGCUACUCGAGCUCGACGACACUGUCAGUGCCACCAUCGAGAAGCUCAAGCAGCUUGGUGAGCUGGAAGACACCUUGAUCAUUGUCACCGCAGACCACGGUCACGGCUUCGAUGUCACCGGCUCGGUCGACACCAAGUAUAUGGAAGCUCAGAAGGACGACCGCCUCAAGCGCAAUGCCAUUGGUUACUACGGGAACUCCGGUCUGUCCCAGUACACCAUGAGCGGACCCAACUCCCUCCGCUACUCGGAAGGUGUGCACUUCCCCAGUCAAUGGGAUCCUCGCUACACUCUUCACUCUGGUGUCGUUGCGUUCCCUGACCACCGCGAAAACUACGAGGUGCACAAGGACGGCCCUCGCACCCCAGCUGUCUCGACAAAGGACAAGAAGUUGGGUAACAUUGCCAAUUACAAGGAUGCCGUCACUGGAUACCUGGUGAAUGGAACUCUGCCAGUGAAUGCUGCUCAGGGUGUCCACUCGCUUACUGAUGUGCCGGUGUUUGCACGCGGUCCUUGUCAGGAGCUGUUCGGCGGAGUCUACAACUCUAUUGAUAUCUUCUUCAACAUGGCCGAAUGCCUCGGCCUGUCGGAGAAGAAAAAGUAG